AGCUUUCAAGUUGCAUUAUGUUCUGCAUGAAUCCAGCCACUAAAUCCUUUUGUUUUCCCUCGAUUAUGGCUAUUAACACCUCAUUGACGACAUCUAUGACUUUCUUGAUCGCGUAUCGACUCGGCCUGAUGCCUUCGUCUACAACUUCGAACCGGGGUCCACCGGUCCAGGGUAAUUCCUUUGCCGAACCUAUAAUUCCCAUCCUGCGUUUUAUCUCUGUUAUACACUGCUUUAGCAGGUCCUCCUUUCAUGCCAUAAUCUCGAAAAUCUUUGCUUGGUCAUUUCAAGGAAGUUCGAACCAUUAAUCUCUUCUAAAAUUUUUGAGAGCUGUCUCGCUAAGCCUUAAGUUCUGGUUCUUCAAAAACGAGAUAGGUUCAGCCGUGCCAUAUUUUUUAACAUCGUUCGCUAGCGUGACCGUCUCAUUUCCAACAGCAGUGGUAUAAUAAAAUUAUCAAAUAUAAAAAAUAAAUAGAAUAAAAUAAAUAUUAAAA